AUGCUUCAUAGGUCUGAUGCAGCUGAGAGGGAAAUCGAAUUUGAAGACUCAGUUGAGAAAUCCAAAUCAGAUGUAGCAGUGGACACCAGCUCUGAGAUCACCACCAAGGACCUGAAGGAGAAAAUGAAAGUUGAGGAGGAGGCAGAGAAUGUAAGAGAUGCACCUGCUAAUGGAAAUGCUAAUGAAGAAAAUGAGGAGCAGGAGGCUGACAAUGAGAUAGAUGUAGAAAAGGAGGAGGAAGGUGAUGGUGAGGAAGAGGACAGAGAUGAAAAUGAGGAAACUGAGGUUUCUAUGGGCAAGUGGGUAGUUGAAGAUGAUGAGGAUGAUGGUGCUGACACCAAGAAGCAGAAGACUGAUGAGGAUGACUAG